AUCAUGUAAGUAAUGAAUCUAAUGAAAUGUAUGAGUCUUUGAAGCUGUAUAUAUUUUUUUAAAAUUUAUGUGUACAUGAUAUUAAUUUUAUUUUAAGGGUUGUUUCUAUCACGGUUGCCUCAGUUGUUUUGAUGGGGAUCAGAUUCAUCCUUUCAAAGGUGUAACGAUGAGAGCUCUACGACAAUCAACUGAAGAGACGACCGAAAAACUACGUGCUCUUGGUUAUGAUGUGAUAGAGUGUUGGGAACAUCAAUUUCGCAAUUUAAAGAAAGAUGAUAGGGAGCUCAAAGAAUUUCUGUUCUCUCACAAGUUAAAAGAUCGCCUUAUUCCCCGAGACGCAUUUUACGGUGGCAGAACCAAUGCUAUCAAACUUUUUCAUGAAGGGAAUGCCAAAUAUGUUGAUUUUACUUCUCUUUAUCCAUGGGUAAUUAUUUGUAACUCCUUUUUUCGUUUAUGUAGUUUUCUGAAUAAUUUUUAUGCAUAAUUUUUUAUGUUUAUGUUUUUUUUAUGUUUAACCUAGGUGAACAAAUAUUGUAAAUAUCCUGUUGGUCAUCCCUCCAUUAUCACUGAAGGUUUCAAGUCAUUGGAAAAUUAUUUUGGGAUUAUGAAGUGUACCAUUCUUCCACCAAGAAAACUGUUCUUACCAGUGCUGCCCUACCGGAGUAAUAAGAAACUAAUGUUUCCACUCUGCAGGACAUGUGUGGAAACACUCCAGCAGAGUCCAUGUAUACAUUCAGAUGUUGAGAGAGAAAUAACUGGGACAUGGGUAACAGAGGAGGUGAAAUUAGCCUUGAAGAAGGGAUAUGAAUUAAAAGAAAUUCACGAAGUUUACCACUUUGAAGAGUCAUCUUCUACGCUCUUUAAGAACUUUAUAGAUUUAUUCUUAAAGAUCAAGCAAGAAUCGAGUGGAUGGCCCGUUGAAUGUAACACUGAAGAGGAGAAAUUAAAGUAUAUUGAAGAUUACCUAAAAAGAGAAGGAGUUGCACUGGAUGCUUCAAAAAUAAUGAGAAACCUAGGACGAAGAGCAGUGGCCAAACUUAUUUUGAACAGUUUUUGGGGACGGUAAUUAUUAGUUAAUAUUUACUUUAUUCUACUGAAAACCGGUGAAUU